AUGAUCUCUUCUGAUGAAAUCCUGAGGAUUAUCUACCUGAAUCAGAUAGUAAUUGGAGUCCUAGGGAACUCCUUCCUCAUAUUCCUAUACAGUUUCAAGUUCAAUAGUGCUCACAAAACAAGAUCCAGAAUUCUGAUUCUCAUCCAUUUUCUCUUUACCAACAUCCUGUUACUUCUUUUCAGGGGAAUUCCCAAGACAAUUGAAGUCUGGGGGUUAAGAUAUUUUGUGGAUUUGACAGGGAGUAUAUUACUAACUUAGCAGAGAGCGACUCGUAGCCUUUCCCUCUGUAGCUCCUUCCUCCUGAUUAUCUUCCAGGCCAUCACCAUCAGUCCAAAUAGCCUCAUAAAAGCAGAGCUGAAAACCAGAGCUCUGAAGGGCAUCCUUCCCUUCUGUCUUCCCUGCUGGCUCCUGAAUCUGCUGAUAGAUGCAGUUCUGCCUGCAUACGUCCUUGGUUACAGGAACAGAACACACAGUAAAGAGGAGCAAAGAAUUGGAUUUAGUGCUUCAGACCUUCGUGAAAAUAAGACUAAGAUGUUCCUAAUCUGGAAGUUUGUUCAUGAUGGUUCUUUUGUGGGUCUCAUGGCUAUUACCAGUGCCUAUAUUGUAUUUUUCUUGUACAGCCAUCACCAGCGAGUUCAACCCAUUCACACCACUACCCAGUCUCGAAGAGCUUCACCAGAGAUUCACGCUGCCACAGCCAUCCUUCUACUGGGGGGCACCUUUGUUACCUUUAAUUUGAUGAGUUCCAUUCCUGUGAUGUAUAUGACUUUUUCUAACAUCUCUAAUCCUGUUUUGCUUCAUGUCUCAGUUUUACUUUCCCUGUGCUUUCAAAUAGUCAGCCCCUUUAUACUGCUCAACAGUGACUCUAAGAUAAUGCGAUCCUGGUGUAAUCAUUGGCGGAUGCAAAGCUCAUCUUCUGUUGAAUUAAAAUUUUAA